CACCAGACCUGAGCGCCUAGACAGCCAGAUCUUCCCCGUGGACGAGGUCCAGCCUCCUUUGAAGCAUGAGUUCCCAGCAGAAGCAGCCCUGUACCCCACCGCCCCAAAUUCAGCAGCAGCAGGUGAAACAGCCCUGCCAGCCUCCACCCCAGGAGCCAUGUGCCCCCAAAACCAAGGAACCAUGCCACCCCAAGGCUCCAGAGCCCUGCCACCCCAAGACACCAGAGCCCUGCCACCCCAAGGCUCCAGAGCCCUGCCACCCCAAGGCACCUGAGCCCUGCCACCCCAAGACACCUGAGCCCUGCCACCCCAAGGCACCUGAGCCCUGCCACCCCAAGGUUCCUGAGCCCUGCCCCUCGACCGUCACUCCAGUGCCUGCUCAGCAGAAGACCAAGCAGAAGUAAUGUGCUCCACAGCUGCACCUUGUGGGGAGAGACCCCUGGGGUUGACCGCCGUUCCCAUCCUGCUAUGAGUCCCACUUGCUGUCAGCACAGUCAGCCCGAGUCCUGGCCCCACCUUCUUUGUACCCUUUGUACAGUCUCUCUGGAGGCCCCUGAGCCCCUGAAUAAGGCUGACGUUCUCACUUGCUGAGCUGCUUUUCUAGCUGCUCAGAGCUUGUCUGAAGAGGGUCGCGAGGGGUGAGGAGUGGGUCAAGUGAAUCAUCUCUAUCCUGUCCCAUUAAAUCACUUUUA